AUGACUGAAAAAUUUGUUCAUCAACCUGAUCUACCCCUAGAUCAACCCUUUUUUCUUCAAAAACCCACGAAGGUUGACUCUGUCAAGGGUCAAGUGACCAGAUGGCCAUUGAGGGGGGUCAGCGGUCUAUUAAAACUAGGUGUGCAUGGUAAAGUGGUUGCCGGUGGUAAUGGUUGUGGUAAUUGUAGUGAUCAACUCAACAAUCCGUCAUACAUCGUUGUUGACCAAGAUUAUUCAAUCAUUAUCUCAGAUACUGGAAACCAUCGUAUCAUGAUAUGGUUCGAAGGUUUUUCAUCAGGAAAAACGCUCGCUGGUGGCGGAGGAAGAGGAAAUAAACUGGAUCAAUUAAGUUCUCCUCAAGGAAUAACUUUUGACAAUUUCGGUCGUGUGUACAUAGCAGACGCUGGUAAUAGUCGAGUAGUGCGUUGGACUCCAGGCGCUACAGAAGGAGAAAUACUUGUGGAUAGUUCUGCAAGUAAAGAUGAGUUUAACCAAGUGACUGAUCCUCGUGAUUUCGCAUGGGACAAUGAAGGCCAUCUCUAUGUAGCGGAUGCCAAAAUUGGACGAAUUUUAAAAUUUAAAAUAGAUGAUUCUUGA